AUCUCUUAACGCAGUGAUGCUAAUCCAAUACCAUUUCUUGUUGGAACACGACAGCACCAGUUGGCUCGAUUGAUUCUAACACGGGAUUUGGGGUCGAUUGAGGUAGGCACAGACGCGUCUUCCCCGACGACGACGACGACGAGAAGAGCAACAACAAAGAAAGGAUCGCUGCCGGCCGGUUCACUCUUCUUCUCCUCCUCUUCCUCCUGUCAUCCGUACCUUCUCUCGAGAUCUCCGAUGGUUCUCCACAACACCAGCCGCGACGCCACCUCUUGCUCCCAAAGAGACGUCUUCUACAGCUGCGGUCACUGCGGCUACGCGCUGAACCUGAGCUCGUCGGACCGGAACACCGCCAAGAUCGGGGUCGAGUACGGGAAGGCCAUCAAGAAGGGCGUCGUGUCGUUCGUCGCCAUCGACGAGAGCCGGUUCACGCAGGCCGACGAGCUCCGCUGCCUCCCCUACUUCCGCUCCCGCCGCUCCUGGGGCCUCUUCCGCCACCAGACCCGCCUGCUCUGUCGCGGCUGCGGUAGCCUUAUCGGCGUCGCCACCUACGACGGCACCUCCUCCCCUUCUUCUCCCUCCGAGGGGUCGUCGGAGAGCAAUUACCCUGCAUCCUCCGGCUCCCGGAAGUACAAGAUACGGAUCGGCGCUCUGCAGCCCUCCGACGACGACUCGGGUACUCUUCUUUUAGACUGAUAGAUGGGUUAUGGGUUAUGGGUGAUGGGCGAUGGAAUUAGGGAUACUGGAUGGUUAUAUAUAUUCAUAUAUGUAGUUACUAAAUCGUGAAAUCGUGGUGUUUAUCCUCUCACUCGAGUCUUGUACAGCGAGAAGAAAAGGUCUCCUUUUUAGCUUCAAAAUUAGGAGAAAGCAGAUGAUUAUUGUGAUAUUUGAACUAAUUUUGUUGGUUUGCAUAUGUCGAAUUGAUGUUCUUUCUACAAAA